AUGACUGCUAGUUUUCAAUCUAAUUUUCCAAUAUGUAAAAGGCCAGAUGUUGUUAUUCGGGCAAUCACAAAACAAUCCGAUUUCAAAUCUGUGCUAACACUCAGCCAAGUAUGUCGGAAUUUUCGAAGGAAAAAAAUAAUUCACGGAAUUGGUGAAUCAAAUCUUCCAAAUACAAAUUUCACCAGAAUCCUCGUUUCGGCAAUGAUUCUUCAAUUUGACUGCAUGAUUCUUAAAUAUGACUCUGAGCAGAAAACCGAUGUUAUUCAGUAUUUGGACAAAGAAAAUGGAGUUUGUGACAGAAUGUUCGAGAAGAAACACACAAAUUUGAAAGGCAUAACUGCGUUGGAUCUGGCCAUGGGAGACCUAGAACGAAUUUUAAAAUUUCAAAAAACCGAACUGAAUUCUCUAUCGGUAACUGUGAAUUGGUCUCCUCGCGAUAGCACCCCGGUGGCCAGAUUGUUCCCUGAAAAGCUGAAAAAUGUGCUGAAAUCAAAAAUUAUUAAAACCAAGAAUUUGAACAUAUCCGCUUUUCGACAGAGUUAUUUUAUGGCAGUUAUACCCUUUGUCGAUUCUGAAUUUCUUGAAAAACUUUCUAUAAAUCGUCCUGAUGGUUUUAAACGCCGUGAUAAAGAUGCUUUUAAUUUGGACAUGGAAGAAAUUGUAAGCACCGAGCAAUGGAAAAAACUAGAACAGUUCGAUUCUGGAUCUUAUAAAUUUUCUCCGCCGCUGGAACAAUUAGUCCAUUUUUCUAAUAUCAACGUUCAUCUGAAUUCAUUUUUGCUAAAAGAUUUGAAGUUUUUGCGACAAGCAUUUUCAAAAUCUUCAAACUUCAAAUUCAUAUCAGCUAUCAAGAGUUGA